UAUACUUCCGGCAGCUGCCGACACCGGAGGGGAGGAGCUAAACAUCCCAGAAGAGGAAGGAGUGUGUGCUGCAGGCGGAAAGCAAACGAAUGGCGGCGUUGUCUUAAAGAUUAAAACUACAUGGUUCUUAAGAGGUGCUGAGCAGAUCCCAACAGAGACCAGAGCAUUCUGUCUGCUGACCCGCUGUGACGGAACGGUUGGACUUCCAUCAUCAUGGCUACCAGGCAACAGAGACCUGCUGCUGCUUCAGAUGUCUUAGCUGAUCCUAAAAGGCCGGAACUCAGGGCCAGUGAGAAGAAGUGCUCCUGGGCGUCCUACAUGACCAAUUCUCCCACCAUGAUAGUAAUGAUUGGGUUGCCCGCUAGAGGGAAGACGUACAUGUCCAAGAAGCUGACGCGCUACCUCAACUGGAUUGGAGUGCCAACUAAAGUUUUCAACCUUGGAGUUUAUAGAAGAGAAGCAGUGAAGUCAUACAAAUCCUAUGACUUCUUCAGACAUGACAACGAAGAAGCAAUGAGAAUCAGGAAACAGUGUGCUCUGGUGGCACUGAAGGAUGUUAAGGCUUAUCUCAGCGAGGAGGGAGGCCAGAUUGCUGUCUUUGAUGCUACCAACACCACCAGAGAGAGGAGGGAACUCAUACUUAACUUUGCCAAAGAAAACGCAUACAAGGUUUUCUUUGUGGAGUCAGUCUGUGAUGAUCCAGAUGUCAUUGCUGAAAAUAUCAUGGAAGUGAAGGUGUCCAGUCCAGACUACCCUGAAAGGAACAGAGACAGCGUCAUGGAGGAUUUUCUGAAGAGAAUCGAAUGUUAUAAAGUGACUUACCAACCGUUAGAUCCAGACGAACACGACAAGAACCUGUCCUUUAUCCAGAUCAUGAAUGUCGGCCAGCGUUUCUUAGUGAACAGAGUGCAGGACUACAUACAGAGUAAAAUUGUCUACUAUCUGAUGAACAUCCACGUGCACUCCCAUUCCAUCUACCUGUGUCGACAUGGAGAGAGCCAGCACAACAUUGAGGGUCUAAUCGGGGGAGACUCAGAGCUGUCAGAGAGAGGCAAAGAGUUUGCUGCAGCUCUAAAGGGUUUUGUGGAGGAGCACGAUCUGUCUGACCUGAAGGUCUGGACCAGCCAGCUAAGACGCACUAUUCAGACAGCAGAGGAGCUUGGCGUUCCCUAUGAGCAAUGGAAAAUCCUUAACGAAAUAGAUGCUGGAGUGUGUGAAGAGAUGACCUAUAAGAUGAUUGAGGAGAAGUUCCCAGAGGAGUUUGCCAUGAGGGACCUGGACAAGUAUCACUACCGCUACCCUGGUGGAGAGUCCUACCAGGACUUGGUUCAGCGCCUGGAGCCAGUCAUCAUGGAGCUGGAGCGACAAGGCAAUGUUCUGGUCAUCUGCCACCAGGCUGUCAUGCGCUGCUUGCUUGCCUACUUCCUGGAUAAAAGUGCAGAUGAACUGCCAUAUCUGAUGUGUCCUCUGCACACGGUUCUGAAACUCACCCCUGUGGCUUAUGGUUGUAAUGUGGACACAUUUGACCUGAAGGUGGAGGCCGUCAGCACUGACAGACCACUAAAUAAAGUCCGAACAGAUGUUGUGUCGCCAGCUCUCCUCCGACGGAACAGCUUCACUCCUCUUUCCAGCCAGGACCAGAUCAAACGGCCUCGUCUCCACAGCGGAGGUGAGCCUCCACAAGGCCGCGUGUCCCAGACCUCAGCUCUACCUGAUGUCCAGCGCUUCCAGGCAUCUGAAGAGGUACAUGAGGACACGUUGAACGGUUUUACUGCUGCAGACGCAGACGACUGAGCCGACUUAAAGAAACAAACACCUGUUUUAUCUAAUGUAUGAAUACAUCACAUUGAUUUUUAACCCUCCAUGAGUUUGACACCAGCAGUUAAAUCCCAAAGCUCCAGCCACAACAUCCGUGUUUUACACAAAGUGUCUGUUAGCUGCUGAUGUGGACGCCUCUCAUACAUCAACUAAAUAGUGGGGACAGAAAAAAUGUUUGUUUUUAGCCUAAGAACAAUCAAAGCAGACAAAGAAAUUUAACAUGAUAAACUGCCAAAACAUUAUGUUACAAUGUUUGAGGUUUUAUUCCUUUGUUUUUUCAUUUUUAGUUUGAAUUUUGUACUUUUACUUUUCUUGGUUGAUUUCAUCGCUGUCAAGACGCACUUGUCCAGAUCCUACAUUCUCAUGUGGGAACAUUUCUUUUCCUUCGCUCGAGAAACUAGACACAAUGAUUCUGUUAGUAUCUGACUGACUCUCGUGUCUGUGGCGUAUCUCUUGUCCUCCUCUUGCACUAGUUGAUAGUGACGUUUGCUGUGUGCAGUCGCACAGGAACAGUCCACAACACACACAGCAAGGUUACAUUUUACAUGUAUACAUGAAAGCAAAUCACAUUACUGUUUGUAGAGUAACUUUUAGCAGUAAACAUGUCCAGCUUAUACGUUUGUGAAUUUUAAGUCUUACAAUAGUUUUAUUGUAGAGAUGUCUUAUCCCCAGUUUGACCUUAAAUUGUUUUUAGAAAUACUUUAACAUUCCAAGGUUAUGAAAAUCCUUCAUCUGGUAAUCUGACCAAAACAAAUCAAUGUAGGUCUAUUUACAUUCCAGUUUAUUUUUCACUCAAAUGAGACUAUUCUAAUUCCGUUUGAAUUCUAUGAAUGUGAGUGUGACACUGGGUAUUUGUUGGAUUUCUUCAUAGUGAUUAGCUCAGCAGUCGUGUUGAGACACUGUGUAAAGUUCUGCCUUGAUGCCAUUCAUUCACAUUAUGUUUGAUAUUAUUAGUCAUUUAGACUAUUGCCUUUAAGUGACUCCAAGUUUGUCGCUGUGGUGAUGGAGAUGAUUGACGAAUGUCAGUACGUUCAUGUUAUGUUGUGUUUGACCUGAAAACAAUGGGGUGUCUUGAUCUGCUUAAGCUUCUGUUCAUAUUUUAUCAAUAAACUUAAGCAGUUCUUAUACUGA